GGGACAGUUCAAACCGGCGGCGGCCGGGGAGCAGCGCCAUGGUGAAGCCGCCCUGCGCGACCCAGACGGGCGACUUUGACUCCUCUGAGGACGAGGCCGCCGAGGAGGACCCGAGGCCGCUCCCGAUCUCCUGGUUGUCUUUGUCGCCUGCCUACUCUUCUGAGUUCCUCGGAUUAUGUUCCCUUCCAGGUUGCAGGUUUAAGGAUGUUAGAAGAAAUCUUCAAAAAGAUAUAGAAGAACUAAAGACCUAUGGGACCCAGGACAUAUUUGUGCUUUGUACCAGAGGAGAGCUGUUAAAAUACCGAGUACCAAACCUUCUAGACUCCUACCAACAGCAUGGCAUCUGUGUGCAUCACUAUCCUAUUCCUGAUGGGGACGCCCCCGACAUUGACAAGUGCUGCAGAAUUCUGGAAGAGCUCAGAAGCUGCCUGGAAAGUAACCGGAAAACAAUCAUACACUGUUACGGUGGCCUUGGACGCUCAUGUCUCAUAGCUGCAUGUCUACUGCUUCAGCUUUCGGAUGCGCUGGCACCUCAGCAAGCAAUAGACAGCCUCAGAAACCUGAGGGGAUCGGGGGCGAUACAGACCAUCAAGCAGUACAAUUACCUUCACGACUUUCGAGAGAACCUAGCUGCACACCUGGCAACAAAGGACACUAUAUUAAGAUCGGUAUCGCGGUAACUAAUCCCGCCGUGGUGUAUCUUUGCGUCUACGUGGCCGCGGCAACACCUGGACAAGACACCUCACUCCUGACCUUUACAGUUUCUGCUACUGCCUGUGUGACACAGCUGCUCGCUUCCAAAUCCGUGUGUAAAAUGGUGGGGUGGGGGAAAGAAAUCCUACAGGGCACGCAGCAUCUUCCUCUGUUUGCAAGCCUUUAAUACUCACUGCCUUAAAAAGACAUGGAAAUGUAUUUGUGUUCAUUACUGUCCUGCUGGCGGGCCUGCACGCCUAACGAGCUUGUCUGCAGCGUAAUAAUGACUUACACACCGACCGCUUCAUGUUUGCCAUCACUUGGUGCUGACAGCGUGCACCUCCGCUGCCACCGAACUGGUACGCUGAUGUUUGCGUGUUGACAUCCUACAGGCUGCUUCAGCAAACUUACCAGGCUGUCAAGGCAGCGACUGAAUUCCCUCUCUACUUCGUCUCUGUUCUAUGUAGGGUGAGAAUUGGGACAGACAAUUGGACGCGGAGGUGGGAGCUGCGAGGUAACAGAGUAGUCUGUAGCUUCCCUCAGCUAAGUGCAGGCUUCCAGUGCUGACAGGCUGGCUUCUGCUCCAGUGUGUAGGGGAAGGAAAAGGGGGAGGGGUGAGGGAUAGCCCCUCUACUGCCUUUGUAAGAGAGUCAUGCUGGGGUGAUAUAGCUAGAUAGAAACUACAGCACUGGAGCUCUUUCAAAAAAAAAGCUGCAGCUGUAUCUUUAAACCAAAGGACAAUCGAGCAUGAAAAUUUUCCUGCUGGAGUGCUUCCCCCUUACGACCUAGUGAGAACUCACUCAAAACUGCCACUCUGUGUUCAGAGAUACUUAGGAACGAGACCCCCUCGUUCUGAGAGAAGGAGGUUUUGUACCGAAGAUCCAUGACAAACCACACGGGUUUUUAUAUGAAUACGGUAGGAAGAGACACUACGCUGUAGCUGCGUGGGUGAGCUUCUGGCACAGCACUUCUGUGUGCUAACGCUAGGGAAAGUAAAUAAACAAUCAGCUGUGGGCUGGAGGGAAUCUCACAGAAACGUGCCUGUACCGGUCCAUGUCCCUCCUGUUUAACUAUAUCCGCUCACAAAGACCAGAGAAGAUGAACAGACUCCUGAAGAAAACAUUUAAACUAGUUCUCUCCUGUUCUGAGGAAGCGAUUAGCAUCCACGGCGGUGCCCAGGUGUCCUCCGGCGCUGUGUGAGGUGAGUUUUGGCUCUGGGAAGGAAGCCGGUGUCACCGACGCUGUGCCUUUCAUCGUCAGACAAACCAACAGAGUCGAGAACUGUUGCCUCUGGGCUGAAGUUGCUGUGCAGUUGCUGGCAGCUGCAUGUCACCGUCCUGCCUGUUCUCCUGCCUCCUUGUCGCCUCCUCUUCCCUGCAGUUAAUUCUGAAGUGCUUUCUUCCCCGAGUGCUUCAAGAAACCAGCUGGGCACCUGUCCAGUACCAGCACCAGCAGGGCUGUGCUGCUGCCCUGCUCCAAGGGUCACCCUGCCAUGCUCCCCAGUGCUGCAAGCCUACACUUCCCCUGGGCCUACAGCGACACAGUUGGGUUUUGGUGUAUUUCGUUAAAGUUUUGCUAGUUUUCAAGUCCGAAGUUGUGAUGUGAGGCUCUAUCACAGCACCGGUGGUUUUCAGUUGAACUCGCUGCUUUGCUAACUUUACAAUUUAUAACCUUCUCUUAACAUGUUUGAACUCGGACACGAACGCACGUUUAAAGGUGAUUUCUACAGAUGAUAUUUGUUUAGCUCUUACUACCCUUCCCUUCCCCCCCUCCUAAGGCAGGCAACAGGAACUCUUCCAGAAGUUUCCACAGCAUGGGGUCACUUACAGAGGAUACUUUGCUCCGAACAUGUAUUGUUCUGUCCCUGAUGCUUCUCCCCAACACUCAGACAGAAAUCACAAAACCAAAAGGAGUGUCUGUCCCUCCUUCAGCGCUGAAUCCUUGCAGCUGAAGGUAUUCGGAUAUUAAAUACAUCAGAUGGAUUUUUACAAUGACUUGGCAGGAAACUUGCUGACAGCAAGAUAGAAACGGUCUUUAUUUUCUCCAUAAUCUUUCGCCUCCUGGAACUCCCAAAAUCACUUAAUACCACGUUCACAGUUUGGAUGCGGAAUGACCGGUACGCGAGCUGGGCAUCACGCGUGCUCCACAUGCAUUGGCUGCUUUCACGAGGAAUACUCCGGUAAAACGCGGGUGUGAGGCUCACACCACUGGGUACAGACACAGGGUUCACACCGCCCAGCAGCUGGGCGGGUGCUGGUAGAUGCCAACCUCUUUUUUUUUUUAAAUAAAAGUGCUGAAACCAG